UACGAUUCAGAAAGAUUCUCAAUUGAAAUCUUUUAAUUCUAUUAAAAUUUAGAAUUCCUUAUUGAUGAUUAGCUUUAAAAAAAGAUAAUAGCAUCCGUAAUUGGAAUAUUUUUGAUUUAAAACAAUACUUGUAAAGUGGCUUAACAAGUUAAAUAAAGAACAUCGCUGUAUCUAUGGGUAAAAUGUAUCUAACGAACAUUAUGUUCUAAAGAGUUUCUAGAGUGUUUAAUGUUGCAAUUUGUGGUUACUGCUCACAUAAGGAUUAAAUUUUUUUCGAAUAAAUAUUUUUAUUAUAUUUCUUAAGUAACUAGUCGUUAGCCCGUGGAGAAUCCACGGGUUCGCCCGUCCUUUUAUACCGCAUUGCGUGCUUCUCGCUAUUCAGCAGCUAAGCUACCAUUUUGCGUGACAGACAGACAGACGUAUACGGGCAUUAUAAUAUAGAUAAAUAAUAAAAUACAAUUUUUAAGUAAUGAUUUCUAGGGCAAUUUGAGAUUCAUAAACAACAGUUUUAUUUGCCAUGCUGACAAAAUUGUCCGAAAGUAGCGAGAGCAAUUUGUCAACAAUAUAAAUGGUACGAAUGUUUAUUAAUUCAAAAUAGCCCGAGAAAGCAUGGUAUUCCAGCUCGUAUACGUGCUAAUUCGACUUUUUAGUUUGGUUGUUAAGCGUUAUCUUCUAGGUUCGCAAAUGCUAUAUCAUUAAGAAGUUGAAAUCUCCCUUCGCUUGUUUUUAAUUUUAAGAUAAGGUAUUUAUGUCAAAUGUAUAAACAACGCAAGACAUUUUUUAAUUAAUUAAUUAAAAUAAAAUAUGAGGUUUAGAUCGUGGUUGUUUUACAACAUUUUUAAAAAGACUGGUUCUUACCUGUUUUAGCGCUGAUGAUAAAUAACACGCUUAUCACUAAAGAGGCUUCCUUCACUGUAAUAGUUUUUAGUCAUAUAAGUAUUACUUGUAAGUACAUGGUUAGAGUGCAAUUAGUAAUUCGUUUUUAAAGAUAAUAAGGAUUAUAUUUAAGGGAAAAAGCAAAAAAAAGACUCUCCUGUUUUUUAUAUCACUGAGAUAUGAUACUGAAAAUUCGCAGCUUUUCUUUACUUAAUAAUUACCACAGGACAGAAACAUGCAUAAAUAACCGGUUAGCUACAUAAACCAAUUAUUUCGUAACUUUGAAGCUUGCAAUUUAUUGUUUAACUUUUUUUAUAGUAAAGAUAUUUCAAGUUAUACAUUCCUGUUUCAGAUUAGGAGUAAUGAAUAAAGUAAAAACCGACUUAUAAUGAUACCCACGGUUGACUUUGAACGCAUAAUUUCCGUCUAAAAUCGAUCAACAGGUGUCCCCAUAAUAGUUACUCUUGUUACCCUAAGAUUUAUUUCAUUUACCCAUCAAUUGAGCACCACUAUCUCACAGUGAUAAUUAUCGUUGUUUAGAUUGUCAGAGAUUUAUGCAAUGAAAAAGAUUCAUGUUAUCCCUGUUCUUGUUGGUCAGCAGAAUUUUAUCGUUCGCCUUGCAUUUGCAGAAAAUUGCAUGGUAAAAUGAGACAACAUUCUCCAUGUUGGAUAAGUUACAUCACAAUCAACAUUUACUACUACCGAGUUUAUGGUAUUAACCAACAAAAUCGAGUUGUAGUCACCCCAGGAGCAUUACCAACCAAUAAUUCCUUUUCAAUUUAUACAUUACCUUGGGUACGUGAAAUAAAGUAUCGCAGAAAUAAACUUAUUUGUGGAAUAGGUGGCGACAACAGUAUUUAUAUUUGGACAGGUUCAAGCUGGACAAACUAUUACGUGUUUGCUCACAGUUUCGAUUGUGCUGCAAAACACAUCCUCACCAUCGAUUUAUCAACGUUUGAACUUCAUUUGAAAGAAGACAAUAAAGCUUCCACUAAAGUUGCCACGGGUGCGAUUUCGAGAAUUCAGGAAUAUGGCAAGUACUGGUAUGCCAUUGGCAAAGAUUGCAAAUGCAUCAUGAGACACGAGACCACUCCUUCUCCUACUGUAAAUAAAUGGGAAAUACUAACAACAAAUCCAGGAUCCUCUGUUGAGUUUAAAGUUGCAUUUAACGAUAUUAUUUAUUCGUUACACGAAGAUCAGAAUAUAUACGAAUGGUAUGGAAAUGAGAACAGAUGGAUUAUGAUAUAUCAAGGUCCCUGCAUUCAUUUUGAUGUUCAUCAUCUCAUAUUUUGCGUCACAUCAAAUCAUGAAAUUCAUUCGAAUUAUGGAGAAUAUGUGCCUCGUCCAAACAUUCAUAUACCUUUUAAAACUGUAAACCACGUUAAUAAAACGACACCAUAUGGCAGAGGAAUGGAUAUGGACGGAAACACGGCAGUUGCAUUAGAUUUAGAAGCUAACAACAUCGCAUUGGACCAGUUUGGGAAAGGUUACGUCUUACAAAAAGGUGAUGGAGAAAGAGUUGUAUUUGGAAAUUUUGAGGAAACGGCUCUUGGAGGUCCAUUUACUAACCAUGAUAAUUUUCCAACAUAUUUUACGAUAUCCAUGUGGUUCAGAACCACGCCACAAUCUACGCAUACAGGAGCAGGGUUAAUCUCCACAGCGAUUGAAACCGGUAUGUACAAAUAA